CCUCUGUACACAGUCGACACGUUACCACAGCAACCCUUGUCACCAGGAAGUCCUCUACUAGUGAAGAGAGAAAGAGAGAGAGAGAGAGAGAGCAUGUGUGUGUCAGUAUGUGAGACAGACUUAACAGAGGUUAAGUAGACAGCAAAAGCAAGUGUGUGAGAGAGAAAGAGAAUUACAAAAGGAAACUAGCAGGUCAGACUUGAAGGGCUAUUUUCUACAAAGCAGAACAACCGGUGGUUUGGGAAUUGUUUGUGUCGUCCUGAGAAAUCAGUGCGUGGCAGUCCUGUCACAUACAGUACACUGACACCCACACAACCCGGCAGUCAAUCUGACAUCUGAGAGAUUACUGAGUAGGACCCCUGCAGAUGACAUGCAGUCUCAGAAAAGAGUGGACGUGUAUGACCAUCUGAAUGGCUCACGGAUCAUUUUCUCAGAUGAGGCUCUUCCCAGCAGUGGAGCGAACCAACCCUUCAUGACUCCCGAUAUGACACAGGAAGUAGUAGUGAUCUCUCCUGGUCUUCCUACACCUCCCAUAAGUCCAUUCCACAAGAGUUCAACUCAUGCAUCUUCACAACACAAGGUUGCUGAGGUCAAUGGAGGUGGAUUCCCAACACACAGUUUUGGAUCGUACUAUGGUAGUACACAGACAAACGAUGAAUUAUCUAAUGGUGUAAUGAAAAGUGGAUGCUCUGCCACGUUGCCUCGGACUUUUGCCCCACGAGAGGAGCGACUGAUAAAGUUUUCUGGAAUCGGUCCUGUAGAUGAAACAGGCAUGCCAAUCGCAUCUCGAUCUAGCGUAAACAAGCCCAAGGACUGGUACAGGAGCAUGUUCAGACAAAUCCACAAGAAACCAGAGGAGGCUGAGCUUGACUGGAGAGAACGGAGGUUGUCAUCUUCUCCUUCCCCAGACUCUGCCCAGCAGGAUGGGCAUUCAAACCCCUUUACGCUUACCCAGCACGGAGCCCUUCCAGACUGGGCUGAUCUGGGUGACAUAGGGAAGAACCCAGAGCCGAAGAGCAUUUUUGACUUUGAGCCUGGAAAACGAGCAGCAGUGGAGGAAUGUACUCAGUCUCUGAUGCCUGAGUCACACUCAUCCUUAAAUUACACAUCAGUGAAACACCAGUCUCCCUCUAUAGAGGCGACAUUGGUGUCAGAGCUGAAUCGUUUUGAGGCGGAGCUGGACUCAGACAUCCGUGGUCUGGAGAGGAAACUGUCACAGAAGCAGCAGAAGCAGCAGCAGCAGCAGCAGCGAGGCAGGGGUGAGGGAAAUAGACCCAACACAACAGGCUCAAGGAAACAAGAGAAUAGACAAGAGAACAGCUCUCCCAUAACCCCCUGCCCAGCUGUAAAGCAGGGCACAACAGCGAGCUUCACACAUGCUUAUGACCGCGUAAUCUCUAUGUCGGAGACUAUGGAUUUCCCUCCAAAGAAAGAAGAGAAGAAGAUGAAGGCAGCACGAGCCAAAUUUAAUUUUCAAGCACAGACCUCAAAGGAGCUGACCAUACAGAAAGGUGAUGUAGUGUACAUACACCGACAAGUGGACACCAACUGGUAUGAAGGAGAGCAUCACGGGAGAGUGGGAAUCUUUCCCACCAGCUAUGUGGAGAUUAUUCCUCCAACCGAGAAGCCCACUCCAAUAAAGUCACCCACCAUCCAGGUGUUGGAGUAUGGGGAGGCAGUAGCCCUCUUUAACUUUAAUGCCGACCUGCCUGUGGAACUGUCCUUUAGAAAGGGUGAGGUGAUCUCUAUAACCCGUCGUGUUGAUGAUCACUGGUUGGAGGGUCGUAUCGCGGGCACCACACGCAGUGGAAUCUUCCCCAUAAACUACGUCCAGGUCAACAAAAUGCCUCGCACUAAAACUAGUGAUGAGCUUCCCUCCUCGCUCCUCUCCCCCACUGCUACUUCAGAGCCCCUAAGCCCUGGCCGGCCCCUGCACUCCCCACCUUUACCUUCCUUAUGCUCUCCUGAACUGCAGUUUUCACCUCACAAACACUCCUCCGGCCAGUCACGCUCCCCUCUGUCACCUGCACAGCCCACCUUCCCCAAACAGCCACCCAACCACUUCUUUUACCCGCCUGGCCCCACUUCAUCCACCCCACACACAAGCAACUGGAGUGGAUUACUGCAUCCUCACAUCCCACUGGAUACAGACACCAGAUCACCAUCCAAUCAUGUGCUGACAUCUCCCCAGGGCCCAGGACUGCCAGUGAACACCAACGUUGACCCUCAGUACAUCACACAGGUUGGGACCAGAACACAGUCUCCACAGCUGAAUGCACAAGUUAAGAUUCCUUCCACGUCAAGAUCUCCUGUGAAAAUGGGUUCUACAGUCAUUCCACAACAACAGUAUAAAGCGAUUUACAACUAUAAACCCCAGAAUCGAGAUGAGCUGGAGUUGAAAGAGGGCGACAUUGUUCAGGUCAUGGAGAAGUGUGAUGAUGGCUGGUUUGUAGGUAUGUCUGAACGGACUCAAGCUUUCGGAACAUUCCCUGGCAACUAUGUGGCACCAGUUUAACAGCUUCCACAAAUUCUUCCAAUCACAUUUUUGUCCUUGGCAAGCACUGCCACUCCAGGCUCAACCACUACAGUCUGUACUAUCAUUGCAAACUCUAUACAGUACAACACCACUGCCCCCCUUACACACACACACACACACACACACACAUAUAUAUACAAACAAUAUGAAUUUCCUUCAUAUUCUCCACUUCUUAUCCACCAAGUUAUGCAUGUGCACUCCUCACCUUGUUACUAUGGCACCCAUGUUACCAUAGUAAAGAAGCCUCUAGCAGACUUAAAGAUGUUGGACACAGAAGGGUUGUCACAGUAUGUCCACACUGCAUGGUGCCUUGAAGAUUCUUUGAUUUUUAUAUGAAAAGCACCAGAGACUGGAUGUUGGACUGUUGAAUAACCACAUAUUCUUCUGAAGGACACGCUUGACAGCUGAAAUAUAUAUUCUGAAUGAAACAUCUUUGUAAAGUUUAUCUCUAUUUUGGUUUCAGAUCUGUAACAGCAUUGUCCAUGAACACUACAAACCCUGAGGAUACAGAGCUAAUAUCUGGAUAGAAACAUGGUCAAAACCAUUCAUUUUCAUGAUCACAAUUGCCAUUUACUUUAAGCUAGCUUAGUUGACCGCCACUUCAUAUUAUAGAAACAACUGCUAUCAUUAUCAAGUGUGCAAGCGCUUAAUGCAACUGUCGUCAAGUGUUUUAUCUGAACGUAUAUUGUUCACAGUUAUUCUGAACAUGUUUUGGACAAGUCAGCUGCAGUGAUUUUAAAUUGGGUUUGAAAUCUUGGGCUGGGUUCCAACCAAACUUGAUAAAACCAGGUCUUGGACUAAAUGUUAAUCAAUGUUUAUUUCAUUGGCUGUAAGAAUAAGAUCAUAUUAACACAUGAAUUGCACACUGAAUAUGCUAAUCAGCAAAAUGACCUAACGCAUCAAACCAUUUAUGUCAAUCAUGUGCCCUGGCAAGUGAUUCUUCAGGUAAAAGAAAGCAUCUUCAUAACCUGUUUCUGAACAUGAAGUCAUCUUUAUCACAUCAUAGGCAAUUUUCACAGGAAUCUGAGGAUUUUUUUUUUUGUGAGGAAGUUUAUCAUAAAUGUUGUUGUUGAAGGUGCCAUACUGUAUUAUCAGCUUACUUUGACUUCUGUCUAACUUCCUGGCAACUGAAAUUGCUGUUAUUUUGUACAGAUUAUUGAAUUGUCAUUGCAUAGUUAUCAAAUCAUGGCAAAAGAAAAAAAGCUAAUAUAUUUUUAUUGAUGACACAAUGUAUUGCUGUAUGUAAGGUACUCACAGAUUUUUAUAAUGAUCAAAUAAAUGGUGAA